GAACUGUAAGUUGAAAUUUUCUAUGGUAUAUUUAAUUAAAUGUUAUUCGUGAUUUUUUCUAUGUAAACAUUUUUUAGAAUUCUAUAAGAAGUAACGUUAUACAACAAUAUAAUUAUUACUAUAAUAAUAAUUACUAUAACAGGUAAUAUGUUUAAUGGAAAGAUUACAGGAAAUUUGUAAUGAGUUGAAGGACGAGAAUGAAAUUGCAAUUAUAAAAAGAUAUGGUUAUCGAGCGAGACAAAUUACUAUUAUUCUUACACGUAAGAUAACGCAUACUUACUGAUAUAUUACUAUAUGUAAUGGAUUAUAAUCGCUAUAAAAAGUCGAGUAACCAUUUCACUAUCUUGCACGUAUGUGUGCAAACUUUGAAGUUAUAUUAAAAAGUAUCUAAUUAAUAUCUUAAUAAGGAGUUACGGGUGUAAAUGUAUUUUAACCAUGACGUAUGAUAUUUAAGUUAGUAUUAAAAAUAACAGAAAUUGAAAUAUUUCGUUGAUCAGCUUUCUGUCAGACUACCCACAUAAUAGAGAAGUUAUAUUUUGAGUAAAUUAGUUUUACUUUUAUUAGUUUUACUUUUAUUAGUUUUAUUUUUAGUAAUUUAGUUUUACAAUAAUUCUUUAUUAUUGAUUAUUAAAAAACACCAAUUUAUAUAAUUACAUUUUUUUAAAUGUCCUUAGUGUUAUUCGCGUUUCCUGCAAUCGUUCUUAUUGCUCAACCAAUUUGGCCACGCGUUCUUGGCAUUUUUUUCUACCUGAACGAAUCUUUGUUCCGCCGCAAAACGUUAAUCUUGACUGAGUACUUUGUCGAUCAAGAAAAAUAUUCUUACUUAAUCAUGUUGCAUACGGACAUAGCAGUUAUCAUAGGAACGUUUGCAAUGAUAGCAACAGGAACGCUGCUUCUGGUGUCUCUCAAACAUGCCUGUGGAAUGUUUAGUAUCGCCAGUUAUCGCAUAGAACGAGCAAUUACAAACAAUAGGCGAGAAAAUGUUAAUUUAAAGGACCAAAAUGUGAUUUUUAGGAGGAUGGUCUAUGCGAUAGACAUUCAUCGUAAAGCUAUGCAAUACUCCAAUUUUCUGGUAUCCAGCUUUGAGGGAACUUUCUUUCUUCUCAUAGCGUUCACCGUGAUUUGUUUGAGUUUUAAUUUUUUUCGAAUUUUUCAGCUUACAUCAACCGGAGGUGAUAAAUUUGAACUUUUAUUACGUUUUCUACACACAAUUCUUAUUCUUUUAUUCAUGUUCGUGGGCAACGCAAUCGGACAGGAACUUACAGAUCGCAAUGAUCAAGUAUAUUUUACAGCAUACAAAGUUAUAUGGUAUACAACGUCCUUACACGUGCAGAAACUAAUAUUAUUUCUGAUACAAAGAGGUAACAAAACUUUCUGGUUGAAAGUGGGUGGAUUAUUUGUUCCAUGCUUAGAGGGUUUUUCAACGUUGAUAAAUGCAUCACUAUCUUACUUUACCAUGAUAUAUUCUACGCAACAGUGA